AUGAGACGGCGCUUGGAGGACUCGUUCAUCCUCUUGGCCUCGGCAGCUCUCCUGUCUUCCGUCACUGCGAGAAAAGGGUUCGGUAAGACCCGCAACAGAACAAAAGAAACGAUUCGUGAAAUACGAAGUGUACUUACUCUCGGCAGGAUCGAUCAGUUGGGCCCGGAUCAGAUUGUUGGUGAAGAGGAACUGCGGAUACACUCUCUCCUCGGCAGGGACUUUCCUCCUCACUCUCUCCACCUGCUGAAUCUCGGCCUGUGUUGCUUCAGCUUACCUACAAAAGAAGAGAAAGGAAGGGUCACUUACGGUAGACAGAUAACUCAGUGA